AUGGGCAUAGAGAGCUACUUCCUAAAGUACGUUAAGGCGACGUACAUAACGAGGAGGAGAAGUGAAAUGAGGAAAACCAUAGAGAAUUUGAAAAAUAAUAUUUACACGUACAACAAUUACAGCUGUAAAAAUAUAAAGUAUCACAUGGGGGAAGAAGAUAAGUGCGAUAGGAGUAGCCACUACAGCGUUCAAAUUGAUGAGCAAGUGGAGAAGGUGAUGCGUUUUGUUAAUCCUCUCCCGUUUUAUGAGGAGAAUAACACGUCAAGCAGCCCUCCACAGGGAAAUAAUAAUCAGACGGAAUAUCCAAAUGAAGACAAGCAUGAAAGAUUUAACACAAGUCAGCCGUAUCGUGACAUGGCAUGCACUCACACGGAAGGUAGUCCCAACACAGAGAGAGGGGAAGAUCCACCAGAAGGAAAAAACAACACAUACAUUUUAAAUUAUCGAAUAAAUCACAUCGUAGGGAGAAGAGGAAAAAGGGAACAGUACAGAUACACCUACUUGAAAUCCCCAUUCAAAUACAAAUAUGCAUUAAGACAUUACGUUUUUGAAAAAUAUAAAUAUCAUUUCUAUUUUUACAAUAUCACUCACUUUAACAUUCAUAUAAUUUUUAACAUCAUUUUAUCCUCCAUGACAAGCCAGACUUCGGUCAAGUGCAACAUCCACUGGUUCUACCCUGGGAGGAAUUUAUUCGAUUCUGAAUUUUUGAGAAGGUGUUUUCUUCCCUUGAUGGAGGGGAGGCCCGAUCGGCCCGAGGACCGUUCAGAGAUCAAUUCGUAUUUGCAGAGACACAUAGAAGAGGCAUACAAUAAUGCGGUCAAUAAUGAAGCGGGUAGCAAAUCAUCCUCCCCACGGAACUUUGACAUCAACUUAGACUUGACAAAAUAUAAUAUACAAAAUUUGUUACCCUUGUUUUUUCAAAAUAAAUCAUUUAGUCAGAAUUAUAAGAAUCUGUUCCUACUGGAAGAGAAAUGUUUCAAAAAAGUGAAAAGCAAAAUUAGGAAAAAAAAUGUUCACUGGUUUCUGAAUAAAAAUCCAAAUGGAUAG